GAAAAGAUAAAAAAAAAAAAAUACCAUCUAGCGUUUGGCAGCGCACAUAAACAUUACAUGCGGUGAAAACACGUGCCUGCAGCCUCCCGCAUCUCAUCGGAUCAAGUCAAGUCCAUUCUCGAAAUUGGAAGGCAAGCAGACGAUGAGAGAAACCUCGAUCAGAUCAGACGACGGACGAACUUUGACUAAAAGCCGGGGAAGCGAUUGCGAGCCUUGACGACAAGCCAAGAUUCUUGCGAACGAAUUCGACAACACAACCACAAAGUUUAGGGAAAAUUCCAUUCAAACUCAGUAACCCGACAUUGGCUUUUUUUUUUUUCUCUCGAUAACCGUCCAGUUAACUGCCCGUUUACCAGUAAACUUCCCUUCCCCAGUUAUUUGAAUGAAAACGGUCAUCUGCGUGAUUCUCGGCCGAGUCAAUCCCAGUCAAGCCUACUAGUCUACUGGGCUAUCGGGCUGAACGGAUCCCGUUUAGACACAACUGACCGGUUCGUCCGGAUAGCUUUAUGGAAAUGCAGAGCUGAAGAAGGGAAGCGCGACCCAGGCGCCGACACCUCGUUUUUUUUUUUCGCCCUCUUUUUUUUUUAUUUCUUCAUUUGAUCCCACACUUUUCUGGUUUAUUUCUUUUUUAAUCCUUUUCCACCUCCCCUAGCUGUGGAAGCAGGUGGGUUUAUGAUUAAGGUAUCAACCAGAGUCAACUCCCCCGUGCCAUGGCAACGACGCCCUCGACGGCGGCGGCGGCAGCAUCGGCAGCAAAAAUCGGCGUUACCAAAAGCGGAACUACGGCAGCCAAGGUGACUGCCAAGGAGAAUGUCAUCGGCUCCCAAAAUCAUCGGGGUCUGGGGGUUGUUGGCGGCGCCUGCAAUGGCCCGCCGGGAGUCAUGGUCUUUGACGGAUUCCAGCAGCGCAGCGUCAAGCGCCCGCGCCCCGUCAAGUCAUGUCUCGCCUGCCGCUCCAAAAAGUUGAAGUGCGACCGGUCGGUGCCGUGUUCACAGUGCCAAAAGGGUCACCGCGUCUGUCGCUACGCUUCUGACAACCACACUGGCAAUAUUUCAGAUUCUUCUGAUGGGGAGCCCACAAGCGCUGGGGAGCGGCCGCCGCAAAAAAAGCUUGCCCUUGGGUCACGCGUUGCAGCCUCACCUAUGCCCGCGACACCUCAGGUCAAGUCGCUCCCGGUAGACGAAGUUGCUCCUGCAAACGGUGGCUUCCGUGCCGCGAGUACUAGUAGCAGCACACCUCAUGAGGCAUGCCAAGCUGGGUUCGAGGAUAUAUCCUCAAGGUUGGACAGACUGGAGCAACUGAUCCUUGCAUCAAAAAGUGACAUCUCGGCCUCAAUACCAAAGUCGUUACCUACUGGAUUCAAAGGCAAUAACGUCACUGCGACUAAUUAUAACAACGACAAUUACUUGCAAACAUUAACUACUCCCACACCUGCGACCACGAAUAAUGUGACAAGAGACAUACAUUCUCGUGGCUCCCAAAUGCAUUCAAUAGACACCUCCAACAGCCUCGUUCCGACUCUACCUACCACCAUACGGAAUCUUACCGUCAAGGGAAAUCUGAGCAUACGAACCCGCUUCUUCGGUCAGAACAGCACCCGAGUUCUACUCAAUUUGUUUGACGAAGCCCAAGACUUUAUGUACAAGGCAGAUAAGCGCGAAAGCGCUGGCGAGCUUUUCCAGCACCUAAACAGGAUAUACUCGAUGCUGCAAGAAGAGCAGCGACGCUUGUUAUCUCCCAUCACUGUCUUUGUUGACAGUGUGCUACCUGUUUACAAGCGUAUGGCCGACAUCCUCCCCAAAAGUAAAGCAGUGUGUGAUCGUCUGCUUGACUCCUACGUGAGUACAUCAGAAGGCCUUUACCGCGUCGUUCACGUACCAAGCUUUCGCGCCGAAUAUAAGGCAUACUGGGAAGGCCAGCGCUGCUCUGAGGGGUUCCUUCCUCAACUCCUAUGUAUGCUUUCGAUCGGGUCCCGUUUUGAGACAGAAUCUAGAGGGCUGGGCCACGACCGCUCAGAAGGUGUUCAUGUGCCAACAGCCUGUGCCCUCGUCCGCGCCUGGCUCGAUGGACUGCGCGGUAAACAACUUGUGGAUAUUGGAACUCUUCUUGCCGAGCUUUUGCUUUUGCACGCUCAGCGCAUGAUCGCGCCUCGCUACCAGGACUCAUGGACUCAGCUUGGAGCUAUCAUACGAAUGGCUAUGACCAUGGGCCUGCAUCGCGAUCCGUCCGAAUUUCCCCAGAUCCGACCGUUCGCGGCGGAAUUUCGCCGAAAAUUAUGGUACUCCAUAAUGGACAUGGAUCUGCAUCUUUCCCUGGGCUGUAACCUUCCCUGUGGUGUCCGAGAUGGGGAAUACACAUGCCAGCCGCCCCUCAACCUAGAUGACGAGGACCUCAGGGCAGAUAUGACAGUCUUGCCACCCCCAAAACCUAUCGAUGUGCGGACUGAUGGACAACUACAGGCAUAUGCCGCCAGCACUCUCCCGAUCCGCAUGCGGGCCACGACGUUGGUGAGCAGACUAGAUACUAUUCGCGACUACAGCGAGGUUCUCGAGGUGGGCACGAUGCUGGAGCGGAUCCUGGACGACAUCAACUGCGUAUUUCCCCGCAACCAGCAUCAAGGCCUCAAUCCAAGCGGAAAGUACAAGGAGUGGCGGAUGCGUUGUCUGCUGGACAUGCAUGUCCGCCGCCCACUUUUGGCCUUGUAUCGCCCUUUUGCCCUCAGCAGCGGCAACAGCGCCUUCAAUGAUAACUGUCCGCCGCAGAUUACAUCUACGUAUCUCAAAUCGUCCAUGGUGCUGCUCACGUAUCUCGACGAGUUGGACCCUAGGUCAUCGGGAUAUACCGACGUGAGCCACAUGUACUACGUCAUCCUCAAGCACGAUAUCAUACAAGCGGCGUUCAGCGUGUGCUACUAUAUACGAAACGCAUACCAAGAGAGCAGUAUUAGCAGGGGAGACACACCGGCAACUGGUGGCGGGUAUGCACCGUCACCAACCUCGGCCGACGGGGGAGACUACCUAGUAACUCCAGGGGGUGGAUACCACCAUGGCAACAAGCCGAUAUGGUCGGGCCAGAGAAUGACGAGGGUGGUGGAGAAAACACUCGAAGACCUGAUCAUGAUGAUACGUGAUUCAACAUCGGACCUCAAGGACAUUGUAGCGCUGUCAGCCGUCAUCAAGUCGGUGCAGCCGGGCGGGACAACCGAGGAGCGGCUGGAGAGGAUGACGUUUGGCAUCCGGCGCAUCCUGGACGCUUGCAUGUCGACGAUAAGCAUGAUUCCGGGGAGCGCCAAGGGACAUCACGGUCCAGACGGGCUGGUAGUCGGAUCAUCUUCGCUCUUCGGCAAUCAAACGCCGACAACAGUAGAUCAAAAGCCAUACGUGCUUCCACAGCCCUCGAAGCUGCCACCACCGGCCCUGCAUCUGUUCGGUGGGAUAGGGCAGUUGGCCACCGCCGGUUUCCCAGACGAACUCAAUCUAUGGGGUGAACCAGAAUACUAGGAAAGCAUCACAGAGCGCACUAGCGCUUGCGGCACUUUCAGACUCGUGGAUGAUUUGCAGCCAAUAAUGAUUUCUACUCGAUCUAGCUCUUCUAAUCCUCCUUGUCUAUUUUUAAAUAUACCCAUCCGAUAUAUGCAAUACAGAAACAGAAUCUACGGAGUUUUUGAUCUAAUUUAUUUUUUUCUAUAAACUCAAUCUAAAUCACCGGUAUGCAGAUAUCCAGCCGGAUUCGGCGGUCGGUAGUUGAUCUCUGAACUCAAUGUGCCUCCCGGAUGUGCCAGGUCGGACCGACUGAUUGUCUGUUCAUGCCACCUCGUUUUGUUGCAGGAUUUUCGGGUCCCAUCUCUCGUGGCAAUGGCUACUAUGGAUUUGAGACAAGCGACUAUAUGGGCAAAUUGCAAAGGGACAUUGUAACGUAUCGAAAGUAGUGUCGUAUUUUAGUAUAGACAGCAUGCGACUUGCCGUUGGUUUAAUCUGCUAUAAUAAGUGACCAAAGAUAUAAUGACCAUAAUAUUUAGUUUGGAAUGAAUGCCAAUGCCAAGGUGCUCGGUACCCGGGCCCCCAUGAAGAUGCCUCGGCAUCUUUCUUACCUAGAAAACUACCUAGCUUGCUAGCUAGCUACCUU